GAUAACGUGUCACUGUGAUUGCUCCAAAGUUCAAUGUCGACCGGCACCAAGAGACAGGGACACACUCAGACAGACUGAACCAGUGGAGAGAGAAGAGACAGAGAAGUCCAGAGGAGAAGAGAAACACAUGAAAUCCUCUGCAAGGAGGCAGGACUGAAGGAAACCGGUACAGCCCAGAUACACACAGCUCUUGGUUCUGAGAGAGAUGGACAUCCUUGAAACAGCCGCCUAUGACCGAAGACAGCGCAGGAACACGUACUGUGUUCUGCUACUCUCUCUCUCGCCGUUCUUCCUGGCCAUCGCUGUCUACUUCUAUCUGUGGAUCCCUGACUCCUCCCCCUCCAUCUUCGCUGCGGCUAUUAAGGCCGCCCCUGUCAUCUCAUUGGCUCUCCUGGUGUUGAGCUACAAAGGGGGGAGGAGUCUCCUCGGCGUGGCGGGGGGCCUGAUCUUCUCGGCAGGCGGAGACUGUUGCCUUAUAUGGCCCGAGCUGUUUCUCCAUGGAAUGGCCUCCUUCGCCUUGGCCCACCUGCUCUACUCCCUCACCUUCCUCUCCACUCGUUACUCCUCCCCCAGCUCCUCCUCUCCCCUGUCCUACUUCUUCUGCCUGCUCCUGUGGCUGCUGGGGGGAGGCCUCUAUGCUUACCUCUUCCCUUUCCUGCAGAAGACACCGGACGCGGCCGCCCUGACUCCCGGCGUCGGGGUGUACGUGGCUCUGAUCGUCCUGAUGGCUACGCUGGCGGUUCGCACCCGCCGACCGCUGAUCAUGCUGGGCAGUUUGAUCUUCAUGACCUCUGACCUGACGCUGGCGCUGCAGACCUUCAAAGUGACGGAGCACCUGGAGCACGGCAGGCACAUCGUCAUGACGACGUACUACCUGGCGCAGCUGCUGAUCGCCGUGGGUGACAUCAAGGCCGCGGAGGGCGGGGAUGAGUUUGCCAAAUGGAAGAAAUCUUAGUUAUGGGGUUAUGUCAGAUAGGGGCCAGGUCCCAAUUUUCCACUCUGCUCCCGAAGUGUACAAACAACUGUCCCCUUUCUCACAUGGACUUUACAAUGGUGGAAACUCCCUCCAGCCAAUUCCUACUUAUACUACGCUCAUGCUUUUAAAUCAAUGACAGGGAGUGUUCAAGUGCACAAUUCUGGAAAAGGGUGAAGAAUCGGGACGUUGCCAUGGAAAGCAAACUCGGGACUACCGUUCUUUGACUAGUCGGCAGCUAUAGGAACUUCAGGCUGUUUGUUGAGACUAGACUGAGGAUGAGGCAGAAAGAAGUUGAAAAAGGAAGAUUCCCCCAAAGAAAAUCCUCUUUAUUAAACUAAACCUCAGAGUAUCAGGACAGUCUGUCCGUUUGUUGAGAAAACUCAGGGAUGGGAAACAUAACCACUGCCAUGAGGUUGACAUGACAGUACUUUCCAUAGUCCAGAAUAAAGUUAGAAAUAUCAUUCUCCUUCACUUUGUCUGUGAAAACAGUCCUACGGUCUUAAAGACAUAAUUUGAGAUGUGAUGCACUUCCCUUGUUAGUUGUGAUUUAUCAAACACAUUCUGUAUAACGGUCUGUUGAUAUGAAGAGACGAUUCUCAGAAAUGAAGUCCCUUAUGAAAAAAUAAAAUGUUUAUUUAUUCAUGAUGAAAUGGGGAUGAAAAAUAAACAAAGUUGUGUUACAUAUUUCAUGUUAUUUCAGACGUAAGAACUCUGCAAAAGUCACCCAUUAUGUUUAUAGACACAGACAAGACAGAAACAUCAACAAACAUCAACAAACGGUGGAUAUUCUGAAUGAAAGACAGUCAUUAAAGCCAAACACAAGAAGCCAACAGAAAUGCCUUAUGGGUAGUGAAACAUGAUCAAAAUGGAUUCUAAUAAAACAUCUGACUAAUGAAGCUGAAAGCUGCUAAAUAGGUAACACUUUAUUUUACAGCCUAAUUACCUGCUAUUUAUUCAGAAACAUAAGAACUAUUUUAUGUAGUUUAACAGUGUAAAUUACUUAGUGUUACCCAAUAACUAGUUGUAUUUGUUAAAAUUAUUUACCAAGUGACAAGAGGAUACCAAUUAUUACCAAGUAACGCCACACUAUGCCAGAUAUAUAAAUGGUGACGGGGCUGUGAAAUCACAUUACCACUAACUGUUACAUCUGAUAUUUUAUGUGUGGAAUCUGAGGGAUUGUUGGGCCAGAAUCCAAAGGUCAAGGCUUCUCUAAUCUGUUCUCUUCUACAGCUUAACAGCAACAGGGGGGAGUACAUCACAAACAGGAUCAGAUAACCUGAAGAAAUGUUCAGAAAUGACUUACGGUGCUAUCAGAAAAUAAAAUAUUGUAUCUUUAUUCAACCAGGAAAACACCUUUGAAGUUAGAAACCUCUUUUGCAAGAGGUCAGCAGGAAGUAGUCAGGUGUAGAUCAUAAUGAACAUAAUGAUAUAGACUGGACAUGGUAGAAGUGACUGAACACAAGAGAUAGAAGUUUAUCUGCGUCGCCUGGUGACAGUGUUUAGUGAAGCACCCUCUGCUCUCUAAAGCCUGCUACACUCUUAGAUCCAGCCACCCUGUAACAUGGGUCUAGAUGGACAACGACAUCAGCAUAUUUUCCUCAAGGAGUUAAU